AUGCCCGCCGGGAUCGAUGUGAAUAUGAUUGGAUGGGGGAAUAUUUAUGUGGUGCCCAAAGAACAAAGGGUGCAGCCAAUGCAGUUGAGGGGUUUCAUUGGACAGAUGGUACCGGAAGAGGAAUGCAGAAAAUUGAAUACGAUGACCCAUGCGGCGUGCUUUGACGGCGGGAAGAAACAUUCGGGUGUUUGCAAUGGCGACUCCGGCAGUCCGAUCUCCACCUAUGCACCGGCCAUCAACAAGCAGUCGUACUACGUGCAAGUCAGCCUGGUCAGCACUGGGAAUGGACCUAAAGACGGGACCGGCAACUGCGGAAAAGAUGAGACCACCUGGACGUUCGGCCCUGAGAUUGCCAUGUACUGCGACUGGAUCGACAAUGUCACCGGCAAAAAUUCGAUUCAAUUUCCGGACUUGAGCAGCGGACCACCAGUUGUGAUUCGGAUCUCUGAAGGGGAAAAGAAGUCCGUCGACGACUACCCGUAUAUCGUCUCAGUCGGAAGCCUGGCGGGAAAAGGUGCGGUGGCCGGCACGGAUCACGUUCGAGGUCAUGUAGACGCAGGAACGCAAGUGCUCAAAAUCGAGAAGAUGCAUGUGCACCCGGCGAACAACUACGAUAUAUUGCUGAUCAAGUUGGCCACGCCUAUCAUAUAUGGCAAAAGAGUGCAACCCGUGGCCCUAAGGAAGGAGCCGAAUGUCUCCAACGACACAGAUAUUUAUAUGUUAGGAUGGGGAGCCACAGCUGCGGGAAGACCGGAGCAGCUAAUGGGAUUUACAAUGCGAUUGCUGGCGGGAAAAGGUUGCCGCUACCGGCAUGGGAACUGUUAUGUCGCUGUCAACAAGACAUCGUCAACGUGUAGCGGGGAUUCCGGGAGUCCGAUAGCCUACUACGACACGGGGCUCCGGAAAUACGUCCAGCUAAGCCCCCUACGUGGGCGUUACGGAGGUCCUUGCGGCAGCAGAAACACGACAAUGGUUGGCGCCGAUAUCUCACAGCACUGCGACUGGAUCGCCGAUACGACUGGGAAGAAGCUUUGUAUU